AUGGCGGACGCAAAUCGCCCGAAAACUGAAAAAGAACUGAAAAAAGAAGCCGAGAAGGCGGCGAAAAUCGCCAAGUUCGAGGAGAAACAAAAGAAGUUGGCUGAGCAGAAGGCCAAGGCAGCAGCCAGUGAUAAGCCUGCUAAAGAGGCCAAAGCCAAAAAGGACCCAGCCGCCACUGCAGUUCCUGUGGAUAACACUGCUCCGGGACUCAAGAAGGACAUCUCCUCCGAUAUUCCAUCCGCAUACUCGCCAAGCUACGUAGAAUCCGCGUGGUAUUCGUGGUGGGAGAAAGAAGGAUACUUCAAGCCAGAAUACAUUGAUAAGUUGCAUCCAGGCGCCAAUCCGGAGUCGUUCGUCAUCUGUAUCCCACCUCCAAAUGUGACAGGAACUCUUCAUGUCGGACACGCGUUGGCAACGACUGUCGAGGAUACGAUCACUCGAUUCAAUCGAAUGCAUGGAAAGAGAACACUCUUCAAUCCAGGAUGUGAUCACGCUGGAAUCGCCACACAGGUCGUCGUCGAGAAACGACUGAAACGUGAACGUGGAUUGACUCGUCACGAUUUGGGACGUGACAGAUUCAAUCAGGAGGUGUGGCAUUGGAAGAACGAGAAGGGAGACGUCAUCUAUGAUCAAUUCCGCAAGUUGGGAGCGUCUGUCGACUGGGAUCGAGCUGUGUUCACGAUGGAUCCGAAGAUGUGUCGUGCUGUCACAGAGGCAUUCAUUCGGAUGCACGAGUCGGGAACUAUCUACAGAUCGAAUCGAUUGGUCAACUGGAGUUGUGCAUUGAGAUCCGCCAUUUCUGACAUCGAAGUCGACAAGAAGGACCUGACCGGCUCCACACUCAUCGCCGUCCCGGGAUACGAGCAAAAAGUCGAGUUCGGAGUGCUCAACUCGUUCGCCUACAAAAUCGAGGGAUCCGAUGAGGAGAUUGUCGUCUCAACGACACGUAUCGAGACAAUGUUGGGAGAUUCUGGAAUCGCCGUGCAUCCAGACGAUCAGAGAUACAAGCAUUUGGUUGGAAAGAAGUGUAUUCAUCCGUUCAUUGCUUCCCGCGAACUUCCGAUCUUUGCCGAUUCGUUCGUUGAGAUGGAAUUCGGAACUGGAGCCGUCAAGAUCACUCCAGCACACGAUCACAACGAUUAUGAGGUUGGAAUCCGUCAGAAUCUUCCAUUCCAUAAUUGUAUUACGGAUGACGGUCUGAUUUCCAAUGGAUGCGGACAAUUCUCUGGAAUGAAACGGUUCGAUGCGAGAAAUGCUGUUAUCGAAGCGCUGAAAGAAAAGGGUUUGUAUAGAGGAAAAGAGGAUAACCCGAUGGUUGUUCCAACAUGCUCUCGCUCCAAAGAUGUCAUUGAGCCAAUCCUUAAACCCCAGUGGUACGUAAAGUGCUCUCAUAUGGCCGAGAAAGCGGUCGCCGCUGUCGCCAACGGAGACCUUCAAAUCAUCCCGGAAUUCCAUAAAGCCACGUGGAACCGAUGGCUCGAAGCUAGCCGUGAUUGGUGCAUCUCCCGACAGCUCUGGUGGGGACACAGAAUUCCUGCGUACUUUGUGAGCUUUGCCGAUGGGCGGGAGCAACCGUUGCCAGAGGAGAACUAUUGGGUGUCGGCGAGAACUGAGCAGGAGGCUCGUCAGAAGGCGGCGAAGAAGUUCCAAGUCCCAGAAGCGGAGAUUUUGUUGAAAUGGGAUGAGGAUGUGUUGGAUACUUGGUUCUCAUCGGGAAUGUGGCCGUUCGCCGUGUUUGGAUGGCCUGAUAACACCAAGGAUAUGGAUUUAUUCUUCCCGUCGGCUGUGUUGGAGACUGGACACGAUAUUCUCUUCUUCUGGGUCGCUAGAAUGGUGUUUAUGGCACAAGAGCUGACUGGAAAACUUCCGUUCAAGGAGAUCCUCCUCCACGCAAUGAUUCGAGACGCUCACGGCCGUAAGAUGUCAAAAUCACUCGGAAACGUCAUCGAUCCACUCGACGUCAUUCGUGGAGUCACUCUCGAAGGACUUCAAUCCCAAUUACUCUCGGGAAAUCUUGACGAGAAAGAGAUUGUCGUUGCGAAGGCGGGACAAGCACGUGACUAUCCAGAUGGAAUUCCAGAAUGCGGUGUCGACGCUCUUCGUUUCGCUCUUCUCGCUUACACUUCCCAGGGAAGAGACAUCAAUUUGGAUGUUCUCCGUGUCCAGGGAUAUCGAUUCUUCUGUAAUAAAAUCUGGCAAGCCGUCCGUUUCUCCCUCAAUCAAUUCGCCGAGAAACCCGAUCAGAAGCCAUCUUUCAACAUUGAUCUCUCCAAAGCCACGCCCACCGAUAAAUGGAUUCUCUCGAAGUUGGCCAAGGCUGUUAAGGAGACGAACGAGACGUUGAAGGUGUACAAUUUCACACAGGCAACCACUGUCACCUAUAAUUUCUGGUUGUACGACUUCUGUGAUGUCUACAUUGAGGCUAUUAAGCCAGUUCUCUAUGGAGACAACGCCGACCUCCGCCAAAUCGCCAUCUCCGUGCUCCACCUCUGCGUUGACACUGGUCUCCGUCUGAUCUCUCCAUUGAUGCCAUUCAUCUCCGAAGAGCUGUGGCAACGUCUUCCGCGACUCGCCGAUUCGGAUUACUCGUCUCCAUCGAUCAUUGUUGCUCAAUAUCCAUUGACUGAGAGAUAUGAGAAGUAUCAGGAUGAGAAGUUGGAGGCGGCGUUUGAGUUCGCCAAGGAAGUUGUUGGAAAGGUCCGAUCGUUAAGAGCGGAUUAUGAUUUGACAGCAAGGACUAAGAUUAGCAUCCAAAUCCUCUCGGAAACCAACGAAGACCAAGAAAUGCUUCGAGACCUCGCCCCACUCCUCGCCACCCUCACAUGGAGUAAAUCCGUCACAAUUCUCUCGAAAUCUGAAAGUGAUAAAAUCGAGAAGGGUUCCGCCCAUAUCGCGUGUGGAAGUCGCUGUCAAGUCUAUAUUAAUCUCACUGGGAUUAUCGAUACUGAAAAGGAGAUCGAGAAGCUCGGAGCUAAAUUGCAAAAGAACCAGAUUUCAGUGAAGAAGAUCUCGGAUAUUCAAUCGGUUGCCGACUACGAACAGAAGGUUCCAUCCGGAAUUCGUGCUCGUGAUCAGGAGAAGAAAGCCUCCCUGGAAAAGGAAAUCGAGAACAUCACGGCUGCAAUCGCCCAACUCAAAGCUCUUAACUAA